GGCAACACUGGCAGUCAGUUUUGUAUUCCGGCUAUUUCCUCUUGAUUUCCUCUGCGAGCCCAUGUUUGACUCAAAAUGUUACUAACGAUACAUAAUUUGCCAGUGAAUACACGGUAUUCUGAUGUAAAGACGCUGAUUCAAUCACAGUGUGGCUUGUCCGAGGUUUUAUUGGACCAUUUAGUCAAAGAUGGGCAGUAUAAAAAAGUGACAGUUGGUGUAGUUGAAGAGGAAGAUGCAGCCAUUCUCGUGCGCAAAAUAAACGGUUUAUACGUCCAGGGAGCUCAGCUUUAUGUUGAGGACAUUCGUCAGAAAAAGAAGUCAUCAGAGCAACCUUACCGUCCUAUGGCCUCAUUGACUACGAACCGUGACAUUCAGCAAGACAAAAGCAAUGACCUGCCUGGACCACAGAGCAUGUACGCUCAGCAAAACUCCGCUUUUCCUAUGAAUAUGCCAUAUUCUAACAUGGCAAAUUAUAAUCAGUAUAUGAUGCCAGAAAUAAUGCCAUUGAUGAUGAAUCAACAGAUGAUGGGAAUGGGCAUGUACGUUAUGCCCCAACAACAGAAUGCUUUUAUGGACAACAGCGGCCAAGUCCCAGCAACGGCGAAAACAUCCACGGCAAAUUAUAACUUUAACAAUCUGGACCAAAAUGCACCUGGUAUGAUGGCAAAUAAUUCUGCCGGUAGCAAAAAUAAGCGCGGAAGAAAUGUUAAUCCACAAAACAGAGAUGGCGGUGACGUGCAACGUGAUAGAAACAAUCACCCUUAUCAAGUAAAGCAAUCUGGUUGGGGAUCUGAACCCAAUAAACCGAAUGACAAAAGGUCAGUGAGAUCGACUAGAUGGAACGCCGGAGAGGCCGGUCCAUCUGGUCGGCGAAGUCGCUCUCCUCAUAGGGUCGAUUCUUGUGAGGACGCCGCUUAUGAUAGCAGGUACCGUGAUAGCCCACAGCGAUACGACAACAGCUACCAUGGUCGCAAUGCCCCUAAUGACCGCGAUCCUCGGGAUUCUAAUUAUGACCCGCGUGAUGAUGAAACAUUCCAAUCUUAUAAAGCUUACGAAGGGCCAAUGAAAGAUGACGAUCGUCGUUAUAAUCAGCGAGAUGAACCAUCUCAACGAUGGGGCCCCAGCAACUUCCAAAACAACGACCGGGCACAAACAGGACGAGACUCUUACAAGUCAGAUGAUCGGCGACAGUCUGACAGAAACCAACCAUCAAGAAAACGCCCAAACCCAGACUCAUUUGGCAAUGACAAUGCUCUAGCUCGGACGUGGGGUGAAUCUCUUACUCAGUCAUCUCACUUAAAUAGAAACGAAAGUCAAUUUGCUCCACCACAAAAGAUACAACGUCUACCGGAAUUAAUGAAGCAGAAACUCGAUGUUGGACUUAUUAGAAGCACCAGUGGAAAUCCGUCAGGUAGAGAAAACCCGCCUGUUUGGGGAAAUUCAUCAGGUAAAGGAUAUUCACCCCCUCGAUUAAACCCACCAAGAAGAGGAAAUUCACCCGCUAGGGGAAAAUCAUCAGAUGUUGGAUAUCCAUCUGUUAGAGAGAAUACAUUUGAUAGAGGAAAUCCAGCUAUUAGGGGCAAUCCAUCAGGUAGAGGGAAUUCGGCUGUUAGAGGCAACCUAUCGGGUAGAGGAAAUCCGGCUAUUAGAGCAAACCCAUCAGGUAGCGGCAAUCCUGCUGAUAAAGGUAGCCCCUCAAGUAGAGGAAAUCCGGCCGUUAGGGGUGAUUCAUCAGGUAGGGGAAAUCCGGCUAUUAGGGGCAAUCCAUCAAGUAGAGGAAAUCCGGCUAUCAGGGGUGAGCCGUCAGGUAGAGGAAACGCGGUUGUUAGGGGUGGUCUAGCAGCCAGAGGAAAUCUGGCUGUUCGGGGAAACCCAUCAGGCAAAGGAAAUCCAAAAGCUAAAGGAAAUCCUCCUGCCCCUCAUAACAAAUCAUCUGAUUAUAAGGCUAUGAUUCGAAGAGACACUGCGUGGCGACAACUCGCAGUUGCACUGAUAGGUAAACAGAUUUUCGCUGAACACGAUGUACCUAUGAGCCCAUCUGAAGAGAGGGGGUUGUUAAAAGCUAUCAAGAAGGCGGUUCACACACGGGUCGAUCUGCUUCUGCUAGGAGAAUUCGCUGUGCCCGCACCUACUAUAGUUGAGAAGUAUCGUAAGCGAUUCCCCGUCACUGGAGACAAGGUGUUCCUCGCAGCGGUGAUUAAGAAUUUAGCGGCGGAAGAGAACAAAAUCAAGCAAGAGGAACAGGUUACAGACAAGAACCAAGCAGUACCAGCGCAACAAGUAAAAGCGACUGUACCCAUGAAACAGGAAGGAACCAACGCGAUGCCAGUACCCAAAACAGAGAAUGUAAAGCUGGAGGAAUCUGCAAAACUGUCGCAAGCAGAACCAGCAAUACAGAUUAAGGUGCCCGUACUACCACCUGAAAAGGAAGCACCCUUUAAGUUGCCGCCAAUACCUAAAACGAAGAAAUCUGCUCAACCGGCGCCCGUCGCCGCAUCCGGGAAAUUGCCCAAUUAUCCUGGAGGAAACAAAGCUGUCCAUCAACUAUUAAGAAAACAGCGCAAAAAGGAAACUAUAAAUGAAGAUCUCUAUGAACUAGAUCCGUACUUAGCUGCGGCAGUUGAAAAGGAAUUAGAUGGCUUAUGUAAUGUGAUCGUAGGAGAGCUAUCAAAUCCAGCAAGCAAGGAAGACGAGCCCAUCUUAAAGCGCCUCAAGGUUGAGCCAAUGAUCAUCCUCAGAAAGUCUGUAAAAAUGACUUUAGUAAAGCGUCUAUUGGACAUUCGCACCAGCCUAGCACUAACUGUGUUCGUGGAAGGCAAGAUUCCUACUCCUGCAAGCAUGUCAAACUUUCUACGUCGGUUCGGAGUGAUAUCAUUGAAGAAAUCUAAGAAUAAGCAGAAGAGUAGACCUUUCUUCGUAGCCACCUGCGCAGAUUAUGAGGCCUACGACAACUUGUGUUCUCUCAAGAGCACCCUAAUGAGCGAGAUUACAGAGUUAAAAUUCAGACCCCUGCACGUAACUCCUAAAAAACCAAUAAUAACCACAGAUGAUAUUCAAAAUCAUCUUUCUAGACAGUCCAUGGUUGCUAAGAAAACUCAAGGUUCUAGUACGGAAGUCAUAGACUGUACCGAAGACGAAACGUUAUUUUACGAAGACGUGGAAGGUGUUUGGAAUGAAUACGAUGAUGUCAAAGAUAAUGAUAUCAAAACUGAUGACACGGAUGAGAAAAAUGAUAGUGUCAAAAAAGAUGACACAGGAAAUGAUGGUGUCACAAAUGAUGAUGUCAAAAAUGAGGAUACGGGAGAUGAUGUUAAAAAUGAGAACAUCGAGGACGAUUCUGUGAAUAAUAGCGUCACAAAUGAGAAAGGUGAAAAGAAUAAUGAUACACAUGAUAAAGGUGAAGAGAACAGUGGUACAAAAGAAAAUAAUGAUAAUGGUGUUAAAAAUACCGAUACUAAUGAUCAAACCGAGGGAAAUGUGACUAACAAUGAUGAAAAUGAAGCAAUUGAGGAAGACGCGACAUAUGACGUUGACGACGGAGAAGACUAUUUCAUGAUGGACGGAGAAGAAUACCGUGUCGAAGACGAGAUCACUGAAAUCAAAGAAACAGACUUGGAAGAUUAUUAGAAUUAAUAGUACCAUUGUCAUCGAAUUAUAAAUAAUAUGGAAUACAAAUUGCGCUAAAAAGUGGUUCCACGCAAACUGCGAUCAAGUAGGUGGGGCGAAAAAAGUGCGAUGCGAUGACGAUCAUGGGAUUGGUUGGGAUUUCUGUUUAACAUUAUCGUACCCAAUGCAUAUAUAGAAUUCUUUGGUAGAUAUUUGAUUUGUCUGUGUCGCUUUAGUAUUGAAGUUUAGUUGUAUGAGUGUGGAACCAUGUUCUAGAAGCCUUUGUAUGAGAGUAAUUCUUCCAUAUCAUAUCUAAUUCGUUGUAAUUGAUGUUUAAAUUGUGUGGGUAGCUGUAACUUUUAAUGUUGUCUUUUUUGUAGAUUUCAUAUCAUAAAAUCACCUUUAAUUUUUAAAGUAGCUGAAUAGCGAAGUUUU